UCCAAGCGACACGAUUGUUAGCCAAAUUACUCCAAACGAACUAAGUUGAAAAAAAUACAUUACCGACAGAAAAGGUAUUGUUUAAUCAAGAGUACACAUCUCCGGGCUUUUAUUGAUAGUGUUCGCUACCUAUCAUACUUAUUAUUCAACAGUGAACGAAAAUGGUGUCUAUUUUUAAAUGUUCGCGCUGUUUGCUGCGCCAGUAAAGCGAUUAGCCGACUGACAGGUUAGCUUGUCAUGUUGCUCCAACUGGGGCUUCAGUUCUAACAUUUUAAAACGACAUUUGUUAAAAUGGAGGUGACUGACAUCGGAAACAAAGAGAAAGGAAAGCUCUCGUCUCGAAAGCCAGCACGUGGGAAAAACGUGUUGUUGACGGUGGUCCGUAAUGUUCAGCAGGCGAAGAUUCGUUUUCUCCAUGCAGCCUUUGACACUGCAGGAGAGUGCCUCCUGGCUGGUGAUCACCUCGGCAACAUCUACGCCUUUGACAUAAGUAGAAACAGAUUUUGUCUUGUGCAGAAGACGGGACAGGCCUGCACUGCCUUAGCAUUCUGCCUCCACAGGACCACAGAGUUCCUUGUGGCUCUUAUUGACAACACGAUCAAGUGUUUUGAUAAAGACACAAAGCAGAUGGUCAGUUGGAUGCGGGGUCACGAGGGGACCGUUUCAUCCAUCUCCAUCCACAGCUCCGGCCGUUACGCCCUCACCACAUCCCCCGACACCGCUCAGCUCUGGGAUCUGGACACCUUCCAGAGGGAGAGAAAACUCAACGUCCAGCAGUCAGUUGGCAUACAGAAGGUGUUCUUCCUCCCCCAAAGCAACACCAUCCUUAGCUGUUUCAGUGACGACUCUAUCUUCGCUUGGGACGGUGACACUCUCUUGUGUAAAUACCAGCUUCCAGUGCCUGAUAAUGGACCUCGAAUCUGUUACAAGACUUUUGCUGUGACUCGAGAUGGUAAAAUCCUGGCAGCCGCGGGGCGCUCAAACCUGCUGCACCUGUGGUGUCUGGACCGCAAAGUGCUGGUCAAUGGGAUCCAGAUGCCAGCGCAGGUUCGGACUGUCAGACAGUUGGAAUUCCUUCCUGACAGCUCUGAUGAAAGAGCCAGUCAGACAUUGGGUGUGCUAGGCCAAGAUGGCAUCAUGCGUUUCAUUAACAUUCACACCUCCAAGCUGCUUUUCCACAUCGGUUCCUACAAUGACGCCAUCACGAGUGUGACCGUCAGCCCCACAGGUCGUCAUGUGGGCGCCAUCAUGGACAAUGGCAGUAUCAGCGUCUACAGCAUGCAGGAGUUAAACAAGCCUUCUCUUCCUCCAGUGGUCGUAAUCUCAGAUAAUACAGAUAAACAAGAACCAUCAAACCUUAAUGCCAGGCUUCAACCAGAGACGGUACAAAGACAAACCAAACGCACAGGUCGGCCAAAACGAGUACGGAUCCUCGCCACGUCUGCUGAGUUGACAGUUGAGGAUAAAGAGAACCACCUGCCUGGUGGUCUGAACAAGAAGCGUCUGAAGGCGCUGCUUAAAACGUUUGGAGAAUAUCCUGCUAAAUACAGGAUGUUUGUGUGGCGCUCCUUGUUAUGCUUGCCUGAGAAUUAUGCAGCAUACAGCAGUCUGAAUGAUAAAGGCCUACACUCAGCCUACCUUACCCUCCAUGAGAAGUAUCCUAUUAAAAGCCAGAAGCUCCAGAGGGGGCUGCUGAGGAUUUUGUCUGCGUUGGCUCACUGGGCUGCCAUCUUUGGAGAGGUAGAGUACCUUCCACUGAUAACCUUCCCAUUUGUGAAGCUCUUCCAGAACAAUCCAAUGGUUUGCUUCGAGGUGGUGGCCACUGUAAUAGUGAAUUGGUGUCAACAUUGGUUUGAGUACUUCCCCAACCCUCCUCUGAACGUCCUGAGCAUGGCGGAGAACGUUCUUGCUCACCAUGACAAGGAACUGCUGCAGCAUCUGCUGGACUGUGGCAUCACCUCACAGCUCUACUUGUGGCCCCUCUUGGAGACUUUAUUCUCUGAAGUUCUGACUCGUGACGAGUGGCUCAGGCUCUUCGACAACGUCUUCUCCAACCACCCGUCCUUCCUGCUGAUGGCGUGCGUGGCCUACCUGACGUGCUGCCGGGAGCCCCUCUUCCUGUGCUGCCAGAAACAGGACUUUGAGUAUUUUUUCCACCAUCGGAACAACUUGAACUUGGAAGACAUGAUUAAAGAGUCCUACCGGCUGAUGAAUAAGACGCCGGCUGACAUUCAUCCCAGGAGGACCCUCGCUGACUUUACACCGCUGACCAAAGGCCAGUACCCCGUGUUCAACCAAUACCCAGAGUUCAUAGUGGAGUAUCAGAACCAAGAGAGGGAAAAGAUUCGACAAGAAGAGAGGGAGUACCUCCAGGAGAGGCAAGAGGUUUCAACGCUGCGCGCAAGUUUGGUGCAACGCCAAGUGGAAGAAGACGCCUAUUUUGCACAACAGGCGCUCCUGCAGAAGGCUGAAGAGCGGCGCAGGAACAUCCUGGCACAAGAGGAGGCCAGACUAACACAACAGAGGACAAAGCUGGCAGCCAUGAAGAAAGAGCUGAAGAUGAAGGAGUUGCACCUGCUGGAUCUAAACAAACGACGUCUCCUCAAACACCAGCAGGACCUUCAGGUCUCACAGAUACACAGACUGGACCACGAGAUCAGGAGAAAGAUGGAUACCCGUGAGCAGGAAACGGCAGCAGCUCUCCAGGAUCUGGAUAUGAGGCAGAUGGAGCUGGAGAUACAACGCAGGCAGCUUGAGCAGCAACUGUGCAAGGGGCAGCUCCUCUUAGAGCGGCAGCUUGAAGAAGAGGCGCAGCUGCUGAUGAAAAGAGCAGACGCUAAUAAAAAGGAGGCGGCGAGCCAGCCGGGCACCGACUCCAACUGGCAGCGAGACGUGGCCAAGGGCCCGCCGCACGUCGAUGCAGAACUGGAGAGAAGAAGGGAAAAGAUGGCCCUGUUUGAAAGGCACACACUAGCAGAAGGAGACCGGCUGACAGACACCUGGAGAGAUGCUGCUGGGAUGGAGUGGGAUGAUGUUGUGAAUGACAGAGCGCAAUUAACGGAGCAGAAACAAGCCCGGCUUUCCACAGACACAAGUGGAGGAGUUUGUAGGCCUGGUUUGAUCACAAGUGUUGUUGGGACGUCGGAGGCUCAGCAAGCCAACAAUGGCGCCACACCGAAACAGACGGGAAGCAACAUCUUGGUUUCUGUGAACACCAGCUCCCCUGCAGAGAGCACCUCCACCAUCUCUCUGGAUCGAGGUCGGGCACAUUUGGACAGCAAAGAGAAACUUUUGUUAAAGGAAAUCCUUGAUCUGAGACAGAGGUUGGUGAACAGAGCCAGAGAGGACAGUAGUGCAUCCUCCCUGGCACACUCCUCGCCACAUGCCGCCGCCCGGUGACCACAAGCUCUUCCUCCUCUUACACAUGUGAAUGAAGUUUGUGUUUAGUAAAUACCUUCCUUUUGAUUGGAAUUAUUUUAUAAGCUGUUUUACAUAAAUCGUUUUUAAAAUCACUUAAA